UCUCUCCGGUGCUUGUCUACUCUCUUACCUACUCUACCGGCGCUACCGCUUUAACGGGACGGGCGGUGACGUUAUUUGGACGGGGACACGGAGCAGACAGAGCAUCCUACAGCAGCUGGACCGAGUCCCGCCCGGGACCAGAACAACACCGGCCUACAGACUACCAGACUGUUAUCACCGUAAACCUGAGAGUUCAGGUUCAUAAUCCACCAUGAGAGACUACUCAGCGACUCCGAGCCACGGAGGCGCCUGCAUGCCGUGCUGCCAAGUUUGCGUCUUCGCCUUUACCGCAUUUCUCAUCGUUGCAGAGAGGACGGCGCUGAUCUAUUGCUUUGUGUACUAUCUGUGGGUGGGUCACAACUACUGCUAUGCCCAUCUUGCUGGCUUCACUGCACUGUUCCUGCUGCCAGGUUGGGGGCCUCAGUGGCUCAGUUAUCUGUGGUACCUGUCAGAUGGACGCAUCCGCAGGAAGUCUCUCACCUGGACACACAUACUGCACCUGGGUAUCUUCAAAAGACUGUGGGAGUGCAUUUGUCUGCAAGACGAGGAUGUGUAUGGUGAGAUCAUGCAACAGGCUGAUGCAUCUGCUUUACGCCUGUUUGAGGCCUUGGUGGUCACGCUCCCUCAGACGCUGCUGCAGACCUAUGUGCUCAUCUGCACUGAUAUAGGAAUCAAAUCUCCAGCCUCGGUGUGUUUUGUGGUGUGUUUGUUAUCUCUGGCUUGGGCCUUGGUCCUCUACGCCAGAGCCUGUUCACUCAUCAGACCAGGACACCUACAAAUGACCCCCGCUGCCAUUCUCUGUCGACUUCUGUGGAGGGUCAGUAUGCUGGGAUCUCGAUUUGCCAUUCUCAUGCUCUUCACACGUAUCUUCAAACAAUGGAUCUUGGGAGUCAUUGGUGUGCACUGGCUGGGUGCAACUUUCUGGAUGGUGUCUCAGCAGACCGACAUUAUACGUUCAACUAGUCGAUGGAGACUCUUCAACCUUGUUCUGGGAGCUGUUCACAUCUUCCUUUUCCUCAAUGUGAAGUAUGGUCAAUCCAGAUACCGCAUGGCUGGGUUCUACCUGGCCAUAUUCUUAGAGAACGCUUUUCUUCUUCUGGCCUCUUCAUGGUUGUUCAGCAUAGUGUCCUGGGAUACUGUGGGAAUCCCAGCAGCAGUUUUCUGUAGCUUCCUCAUUGGAGUGAUAGCGUUGGUGCUGUACUAUCGUUUCCUCCAUCCUAAGUCCUUCGAGAUUUUCCAGAGUAUUCGCCACAGGGGGAUAGGUGGAGCCUGCACGGAACGUGGAUCUACACUGUCAUUGGAGGAGAAAGUCACACCGACUUGCCAUCGCCAUGCAACACUGUCCGGAGGUGGGACCCUAAUGGAUCUUCCUAUCCAAUGGGAGGGCUGGAAACAUCACCACUGGCUGCUGAUCCGCUUGGCCAUGAAGACAGGAGAUGUAACUAGGAUCUGGUCGUCGUAUGGCGAGGGGGGGCUAGCCGGACUGAUGGGUCUGUCUGAAGAAGUUCACUCCCCUGAUGAACCUCAUGUCCCUCGGGUUCCACUUGUUCAGCCUCAGAUUACUCAGAUUUCUCAACCAGCUCCACCACAGGUGACCCAGGCUCCACAGGUGAGAGAGGUAGCCCAGCCACCAAAGCCGGCGCCCUCCAGUGUAAUAGCCCGACCAGUGAGAAAAGCUCCACCCACAACAAUCCAGGAUAUGAAAAGGUUUCCAGAGAUCAUCCCGAUCCAGGAGGUCAUUUUUGAAGAGACUGCAGAAGAAGAGUCCAGCGCUCCACCAUCAGAAAAAGGUGAUGAGGAAUUUCAGAGUGCUGCUUAUGGCUCACCAACACCUUCAUCUCCGUGGCAACCAGGCAGCAUUGGCCACAUUGACAGCAACGCUGCGUCCCUGACCGAAGUCUCGUCCUCCGUAGGUUCCCUGGACAUUAAGACUCCCGGUUGGUCACCUGAGCGACGCUCCCCUCUCCUGAUUAGUUCCCCAGAGAAAAAACCCUCGCUCCCUGGAGAGUCCAGCACCACACUGUACUUCAGCGCGGAUGCGCAGUCUCCCUCCAGUGGGAGCUAUCUUGGCUGGGGUUCCGAGUUGUCGCCCAUCUCUACCUACAGAAGUCCCUACCGGAUCAGGGAGGCUCGUUUUAUCACAUCCACCCCGCGCCUGGAAAAUCGAGCUGAAAGUCCGUCCCCCGUUAUUGUCAUCCCUGCUACUCCUGGUACAACACCAGGCCCCACUCCAGGUGGAACCCCUGGUGCGUCGACCCCUACCGCAUCAACACCUGGAGCUUCAACACCUGGAGCUUCAACACCUGUUGCUUCAACUCCUGGAGCUUCAACAACUGUUGCUUCAACUCCUGGAGCUUCAACUCCUGGUGCUACCACACCCUCUACUCCAAUCAUUCCACUCACGCCAGUCAUCUCCCACGCACGCAAACAGAUGGUCCAGUUUGUGGGCAGUAGAGAGAGAAUGGUGUAAGUAGGAUGAGGGUAAGUAAAGGGGAACUACUGGGUGGGCAGUGGUGUAUUUUUUAGGUUAGCAGUUAAGGAUAUACAAAUUCAUGCAUUAACUAACUUGGGGAUAGCUUAGUAGGUGGGUUAAGAGUCAUUUUUAACUCAGUUCAUUUGAAUUAGUCAUGGAAGGAUAUACAAUAACUAGUAUUUUCCCUUGACAUGCAGAUACAACUGUUUGCAGAACAUAAUGAUGCAUAGAUAGCACACUUGCCAACCGCCAGGACAUUGGCUCAAUUCCUACAGUAUUAGUGCUUCCUCUUGCCAUGCUGUAUGUUCCAAUUAAUUUAGCAGUGUUUAUGGAAGGGAAGUCAGUGAUUGACCAGGCCCUUAUUGCUGCACCAGCAUCUCCUGGUUGGUUGGAGUGCAUGCAACUGUGAAAAGGGCGAAAGGGAGGCAUCUGGCAAAUUUAGAACAUGGUUCUGUGCUUCCUACCGAGGAGUCCUUUCUUUUUAGUUCUUUUAAACCAUCUGAUGAAAAAGAUUCACUUUACAACAUAGAUCACUAUUUACUGAAGAUUGUAUCUGUGUUAUUCAUCAAAGGAAAACACAGAUACAAAUUCACAGGUGCUAAUGAAUGUGAGGCAUCACUUUCAUUCACUUAGAUGAUAAUUUUUUAAUUAUUGGGAACUAACCACAGAAAACCAAAUGCAGUUAAGGCUCAUUCAGGCAGUGGAGUCAGCUGAGAUUACCUUUGGUGAAAUUUAGGAGCAAACUAAUUGUUAAAAUAAUCACAAUUAUUAUGAUGCUUUUGGAAUUAUGAGCUGUGAUGAAAUCGCAAAGCAACUGAAUCAAGGCAAACCUACUUAAAUGGAAGUUGGAUCUCACUGAAAAAAUAAAUUAAACUAGUUUACAAACACCAAUCAUGCUGAAUCGCUUGUAGUAGGUGAGUCUGAUACAAUGAAAGCAAUGUUAUGAAAUGUAUCAAUAAUGCAGACUUUAUGCAAAUCCAAGCAAAAUUUCAAAGGUUUUAUUGUGCUUACAAAUGCUUCUUUUUUUUUUUUACUAAACCGAUAAAUGACGUUGAACCAUCCGUCCAGUUUUCAGGAAACCACUCAUUCAUCCAGUCAUUUACUCACUGUGUGUACAGUACAUUAAAUUACACACA